CAAAAACUUUAUUCUCUGUCAGAACAAUGUCAACACGAUGACAGAGAAACUCAAAGCACUUAAGAUUAAUUAUUCAGAAAUGGCAGCAUCAACAGGAUGCUGAAAGAUGUAGUUUGUAAAGCUGCUUGAAAGCCAACAGAAACCACUAAGCUUCAAUAAGGCCGAGCGCUGGCAGACAAGUAGUGCGCUCCUGGAAGGAGCUAAGGGUGGAGAGCGCUGAAAACCUCACAGAGUUCAAGAUGAGGGGUCCAGACUGCAGCUCCAAGGAAGCGGGGGAGCUGCUUCGGGAAAGGCCUCAGCCGCAGGAGCAGCCGGCGGCUCUUCCCCGCUUCGCCGAGAAGACACGAAGUGCAGCCCGGAGGACGCGCGGGUACUCACGAAAGGCAGCUGGCACCUCUGCACCGACCCGAACUGGGAGAAGUACUCCUUCAGCUCCUCUGCGGGAAAACGCACCAGCUUACCCGGGCCCGGCGCCUCCGCGCAGCCGCGCUGCCCUGGCCCGACCCUGGCCCGCGCCGGUACACGCGGCGAGGCCGCCCAACCCCGCCAGCCCCAGCAGCGGCGAGGAAUGGGAAGGGGGGCGCAGACUCACUGCUCGACACCGUCCAGGGAAUCUCAGCCACGAAGAUGUCGAAGAGCCGCCGGGAGCGCCGCCCGACCGCCCGCACCGCACUGGCCGCCGCCAUGUCGGGACUGCGGUGAGAGGGAGGGACGGGGAGAGGGAGGGGCGGCCCCGCCCCGGCCGGCCCGAAAUGGCGGCGGCGGCCCUGACCCGCGAGGGUGGGGAGGAUGCCUUCCGCCGGCUCUUUCGCUUCUAUCGGCAGCGCGACGCGUCUGACCUGCGGGGCGUGGUGGACUUCUCUGCGCCGGGGGGCCAGGUGUUCAGAUCACAGCUCAGUAUUUCUUCAGUCAGUGAUCAAGAUGCCUACAGAGCAGGAUUACAGCCAGUUAGUCAGUGGAAAGCCUAUGGCCUCAGUGGGUAUCCAGGGUUUAUUUUCAUACCAAACCCUUUCCUUCCUGGCUGCCAGCGUCACUGGGUGAAGCAGUGUCUCAAGCUAUACCCUGAGAAACCCAAUGUCUGCAACCUGGACCUGCACAUGGCUCCUGAGAAGACCACUGACCUGUGGGGACAGAGCAAGGAGCAGCUGAGAAGGAAAGGUUCCAGUAAAUGGGAGCCCAGGAGCCUAUUGGAGAAGCUGCGCUGGGUGACCCUUGGUUACCAUUAUAACUGGGAUACUAAGAAGUACUCAGCAAAUCACCACACUCCUUUCCCCUCAGACCUUGCAUUCCUAUCAGAACAAGUGGCUGCAGCCUGUGGGUUUCGGGGUUUCCAAGCCCAAGCAGGGAUCUUGAACUACUAUCACUUUGACUCUUCACUGGGAAUUCAUGUGGAUGAGUCUGAACUAGACCAUUCUCGGCCCCUGCUGUCAUUCAGUUUUGGGCAAUCCUCAAUAUUUUUGCUUGGGGGCCUGAAGCGGGAGGAGGCGCCGACAGCGAUGUUCAUGCACAGCGGGGAUAUCAUGGUGAUGUCUGGCUUCAGCCGCCUGCUGUACCACGCUGUCCCCAGGGUCCUCGCCAACCCUGAGGGGACAGCUCUGCCUUCCUGCCUCGACCAAGCUCUUCCUUCAGACCUUCCUGUUGGCUCAGUCAUUGAGCACAGCUCUGAUGAGGACUGGCAGGUGUGUGCCAAGUACCUGCAGUCCUCCCGCAUCAACAUGACUGUUCGACAGGUGUUGGCUGAGGGUCAGAAAUUUCCAGAGGAAUCUGGGACAAAUGGAAAGGGCCAAGCACCCUCUGAAGACAGUUAUCAUGAGAACAGCAAAGCCAAAAGACAUAAACCAAACAGAGUCAGCUGAGACCAGGCCAUAGUACUGACAUGGACCAGACAGGCAAUCUCCGUGUGGAAUUAGGAACUGGUGUAAUACUGGAAGUCACUUGUCUGUAUUGCAGUUAAUAAACCUGUGCAGAAUAAAUGUAGUCCUCUUGCUGUAAUAAAUGGGUAGAAGGAGAAGAAAAAUAAUUUAAAAAGAAAAGAAGGAUAAGUUCAGGACUGGGACUCAGGAGAUUAAUUCUGUUGGCAUUUUGUUGCAAAUGUUUACUGUACUCUGUUUCCUUUAAAACACCUGUAUGUCAGAGAACUUUAAGCUUGGUUAAGCUUAAAUGGUUUAAGCUUUUGCUGAAGCUUGGUUUAAGCUUUAGGAGUGAUGCUUAUAAAGUAUUUUGAAAUCAUUGGGCAGAGAGUGUUAGCAAAAGAUACAUAAUUGCUAUGGGAUAGAGAAUCCUGUUGGGCUUGUAAAGCUCAGCUGAAGCAAAGUAACAAGUAUGUAUGAGAAUAGGCUGCUAUGGAUGUAAGACCUACCUGCAGCAUUUUCCAGAUAAUUACUUCUACAGCAAAAAUGGGUUCAGUGGUCAGAAACUGGCAGCUCCCUCAAGCAACACCUGCUGUAAGCUUUGCAUAGUCCUGUGCUCUCCUUUUGCCUGUUUGCAUCCCCUCAGCUGCAGCAGAAUCUGCUUUUAGUAAUGGUACUGAACAUCUUGUCUCCGAUUUUAGAAACGUUUGGGAGCAAUAUCUACUUAGAAUAUCUAGUAGCUCCCAACUGGGUCUCCUCCCAGCAGUAAGUAUGUGACUGAGCCCAACAUGGCCAUUCUUUCAAAACUGCCCUCUCCUAAGUGCCUGUGUGUUACAGUUCUCCAGUCCCGAGCUAGCAUCUGUAAGGAGCAGGAUGACUUGCAAAUAAUAGCAAUGAAGCUGUAAAUUAAGUACCUAAAAAAUUAAUCAGUGACUAUCUCUGUCACCCAAAGAUAAAUAUAUUGAAACAAAGAAAAGCACUGGCUUUUGUGCUAGUUCUUUUUAAGAUUCAGACCAUCCUAUCUAGUUUUUAAUGCAAUUUUAAUUGUUGGAGUGGAAUGCACUAUCCCUAGGGUAUUUUGUUGCACUUUCACAAUGAAUAAACUUACUUGGUUUUAAAUUAAA